GCUUUGCGUCUUUAACACCUCUCGACCCUGUCCUACCCCCGCCAUUGGAAGUCUUCCCGUCUCUAAAUGGAAUUAGUGGAGCCCGGAGCCUCUGGUGUAACGCACAGACAUGAUCCAUGGGCGCAGCGUGCUUCACAUUGUAGCAAGUUUAAUCAUCCUCCAUUUGUCUGGGGCAACCAAGAAAGGAACAGAAAAGCAAACCACCUCAGAAACACAGAAGUCAGUGCAGUGUGGAACUUGGACAAAACAUGCAGAGGGAGGUAUCUUUACCUCUCCCAACUAUCCCAGCAAGUAUCCCCCUGACCGGGAAUGCAUCUACAUCAUAGAAGCUGCUCCAAGACAGUGCAUUGAACUUUACUUUGAUGAAAAGUACUCUAUUGAACCAUCUUGGGAGUGCAAAUUUGAUCAUAUUGAAGUUCGUGAUGGACCUUUUGGCUUUUCUCCAAUAAUUGGACGUUUCUGUGGACAACAAAAUCCACCUGUAAUAAAAUCCAGUGGAAGAUUUCUAUGGAUUAAAUUUUUUGCUGAUGGAGAGCUGGAAUCUAUGGGAUUUUCAGCUCGAUACAAUUUCACACCUGAUCCUGACUUUAAGGACCUUGGAGCUUUGAAACCAUUACCAGAUCCAUUUUUGUGUGUUUGUUUGGCAUUUUGUUAUUUAGCGUGUGAGUUUGAGAUGGGCGGUUCCGAAGGAAUUGUGGAGUCUGUACAAAUUAUGAAGGAAGGCAAAGCUACUGCUAGCGAGGCUGUUGAUUGCAAGUGGUACAUCCGAGCGCCUCCACGGUCCAAGAUUUACUUGCGCUUCUUGGACUAUGAGAUGCAGAAUUCAAAUGAAUGCAAGAGGAAUUUUGUGGCUGUAUAUGAUGGAAGCAGUUCCGUGGAGGAUUUGAAAGCUAAGUUCUGUAGCACUGUGGCUAAUGAUGUGAUGCUACGCACGGGUCUUGGGGUGAUCCGCAUGUGGGCAGAUGAGGGCAGCCGAAACAGCCGAUUUCAGAUGCUCUUCACAUCCUUUCAAGAACCUCCUUGUGAAGGCAAUACAUUCUUCUGCCAUAGUAACAUGUGUAUUAAUAACACUUUGGUCUGCAAUGGACUCCAGAACUGUGUGUAUCCUUGGGAUGAAAAUCACUGUAAAGAGAAGAGGAAGACCAGCCUGCUGGACCAGCUGACCAACACCAGUGGGACUGUCAUUGGCGUGACUUCCUGCAUCGUGAUCAUCCUCAUUAUCAUCUCUGUCAUCGUACAGAUCAAACAGCCUCGUAAAAAGUAUGUCCAAAGGAAAUCAGACUUUGACCAGACAGUUUUCCAGGAGGUAUUUGAACCUCCUCAUUAUGAGUUAUGCACUCUCAGAGGGACAGGAGCUACAGCUGACUUUGCAGAUGUGGCAGAUGACUUUGAAAAUUACCAUAAACUGCGGAGGUCAUCUUCCAAAUGCAUUCAUGACCAUCACUGUGGAUCACAGCUGUCCAGCACUAAAGGCAGCCGCAGUAACCUCAGCACAAGAGAUGCUUCUAUCUUGACAGAGAUGCCCACGCAGCCAGGAAAACCCCUCAUCCCACCCAUGAACAGAAGAAAUAUCCUUGUCAUGAAACACAACUACUCGCAAGAUGCUGCAGAUGCCUGUGACAUAGACGAAAUCGAAGAGGUGCCGACCACCAGUCACAGGCUGUCCAGACACGAUAAAGCCGUCCAGCGGUUCUGCCUCAUUGGGUCUCUAAGCAAACAUGAAUCUGAAUACAACACAACUAGGGUCUAAAAAGAAAAUUCAAGAGAAGAACUAUUUAUACAAACAUGGGGACUGAAAAGAAAAUUCUGUAGUGAAUUGUGAAAAGUGGACAUAUUUCUAAAUUCAUUCCACUGCCUUUAUCCAAACUUAAGAAUUACAGACAUUUGUUAUUCCUUCGGCAAGACAUCCCCGCUGCACAAUGAUAUGUUCAUUUCGUAAUUUGGUUGCUGGCCACCAAGUGCUCCUUAGUUUUUAAAUACAUUUUGAGAUUAACUGGAAACUUGAAGAAGAAAUUAGUUCCCGAUUAAGACUAUCCCAACUUUAUUUUUAUUGUCAGUUUCACUUUUGUUUCUAUGUUGUUUUAUGUCUUUGUUAUAUAAUUGUACAUUGUGUGAUAUGUGAAAAAAACACGAAUUCAGAUGAACUUUGUGUUACAUGUACAUUGUUUUCAUUAUAUAGACUGCUUGAGAAUAGUGCGUUCCUGAAUGAUUUUGAACAUGCUACAGUGAAAAGUGACAGUGUGGACCAUGGAAUCACCAGCUAGAGGUUAUGGACUAUACACACCUAUUAUUAUGUUCUGAUUAAAUAACAGGAAAAAGUAACAAGUAAAAUUACUAGAUUGCAAUAAAAAAUUUCAUUUUUUGGUCUUUCCUAUAUACCCCUGAUUUCCUUUUUGUUUUAUAUCAAAGAAAGUACUGAGUUUCAGAAAUCCUUUUUGAAGUCAGGUAUUUUACCAUUCAUACUCUACAGUAGAAAUGUUUUUGAUUAAGCACUCAGCAAUAUGACCAAAUUGCCAGUUUGAGAAAAUACCCUGCAUGUCAGUCCUGGAUAUUUGAGUUGGGAAAAUAUCCUUUUUGUUAGACACAUUGUAAAAAGCAUGCAUUGUCAAAGACUGUUGUUACUCUUCCAUUUCUUUAUGUCAUAUGCUUGCUACUUAUGACUUUUUAUAUAAAUAUAUAUAAAAUGUAUAAUAAUUUCCUAAUUUGAGUUAAGAGAAAUGUUUUCUUCCAUUAGAGUGAUUAAAAAACUGACUUACAUAAAUACACAUUUUAUAUCAACUCUUUCCACCUUUUAGCAUACAGGAUGUCCUUCAGUAUUGAGGUUUACUUCCCAAAAUAUUUGGCUUCUGGAAGUUUAGGGGAAUAUUUUCUUCUUUUAGAAUAGGGAACUCUUUUUUAAACUGCUUUAAAAUCACAAGCCCUUUUAUUAACUAAACUACACCAUUAUGAAUUAUUCUUAUUCUCAGGCACACAUAAUACACCUGAAAGCUCAGUGAUUAUGAUGUGUUUAACAUAAAGUAAAAUCCCAAAAUAUAUUUUAUUGUUAUUAAGUUAUAUACAUACUCUGUAAAGUUUGAUUUGGUGAGUGGCUUUUUUUAAAAUAUUCAGUGUGUAAUCUGACAAAAUAAAUUUUUAAAAUAAGAGUUACUAUCAGUAUAUAUGCUUCCCAACAUUUUCAAAACUACUGAAUUCUCCAGGUUGAAAACACUGUCCUUCCACUAGCAGAGCAGUCUGGCCUAGUAAAAUUUGGACUUUGCAAUUCAAGCAGGCUUUGCAAACUAAAUAGAUGAAUUACUGUUAUACUUCCCUACUAGGAAUUCAAUGUCAUAUAUGUUAAAAAAUAAAUAGAAAAUAAAAUAAAAUUUUAUAAUAGAAAAGUCAGAGAGUUAUCAUAGCCAUUAUAAAAACUCUAUCUUGAAAAGAUGUCAAGCUACAGAAUCACUUCAAUGAAUUUGAUAAACUAGGGAAUACAGAAAAGGUAUUGAACAUGACAAAUAAAGAUUAUUUUCCAUUGUUAUGCUACAUAGUUUUGUACACAUUGCUUAUGAUAAAAUGUACCGUUUUUAUUUGGCUUGACUGGUUUAUUUUUUACCAUGGUUCCUUUUUUGCCCUUUAAUUCAAAGUUAAUACACCAAAGAUUUUUUUAAAGAAUUAAUCAUAUUUUCUAUUGUUUUCUCUAUUUAAAAAUCUUCAGAGGACUCCUUUCCCUUUGAAUGAUAAUAUCAAAAGUAUGAUAUAACUGUCAAGAUGUUUUUAUUUGUAACAGCAACAAAAAUAGUGAAAUAGGUGAACACUUUACUAUUAAUUUGUUCUGUAACUGUCCGGAAUGUCCGUCCCCUCCAUUUUCUCCUAAAUAUACAGAAUGCUGAUUCCCUGAUUAAAAGGUAUUUUCACCAGAAAUCCACUCGUGGAGACUUAAAAAAAAAAAAAA